UGUGAAAACUAGUCUUAGAAAAUUACCAAUAGUGUCCACUGCCUUCAAGAUGAAACUGAAACUUCAGAGUCAAUUCCAUCCAUUACUGGAUUGACAGGCAGCAGCGUAGCCGACAUGCCGUCUUACAAGUUACUGUACUUCGAUACCCGCGGUAGAGCGGAGGCAACUCGAAUGCUCUUCGCCGUUGCUAACAAAGAAUUUGAAGAUGUCCGAAUAACGAAGGAAGAAUGGCCUAAGGUUAAACCAACCACUCCACAAGGUCACAUCCCCGUGCUGGAGAUUGAUGGGAGACAACUUCCUCAGAGCAAUGCAAUCGAGUCAUACGUAGCGAGAGAAUUCGGACUGUACGGUUCUGAUAACUGGGAAGCAGCUCAAAUAGAUGUAGUUCGAGAAACACUGAAAGAUUUAAUAGAACCCAUGAUCAUGCCAGUACUUUUUGAACUGGACAAAGAUAAACAAGCCACAAAUUCCAAAGAGUACUACGAGAAAACUGCGCCCCCGUUUUUGAAGAUUCUUCACGAUCUUCUUGUAAAGAACAACGGGGGCACUGGGUACUUCGUCGGAAACACGGCUACACUCGCUGACGUCAUUUUCUUCGUCACCAUGGAGUGGUUCGAAAAGCCAUCUUAUGCCAACAAGGGACUGGAAAACUACCCAAUGCUGGUGGGACUGAGAGAUCGUUUAGCAGCAAACGAACUCGCUAUGCAUCUUAAAGAGCGCCCUCAAGCGUACUGGAUUCACGACUAAAAACGAACAAGAUGAACGAUCAUGCGGGGAGUAUUUUCAAUAAACAAUCUUCGUUCGCGUCCACGUUAUUAACUUUUUAGAAAUUAAAUUCUUCAAUAGGGACUAACGUCUCUAUACAACCCAACAAAAUUUGAACUGUUUUCUCAAUAUGUUGACACUUUUAUUGUAUCUUUGUUGAUUUGUGCUACGACAGUUACCAUACCAUAACCCAUAAUUAUUAUAUCACUUCUAUACUAUACUUGUAAGGGGG